GCAACCACACCCCCUUAGCUUCCCUCACCGUCAUCAUUCAUCAUCUCUAUCUCUCUCUCCAGAAACAGCAAUGGCCGUUUCUUCAUCUCCAUGGGCUCUCUUGGCUCUGUUCUUUAUGGCUUUUUCUACGGUAAUGGCAAUUCCUCCACGGAAGGCCAUUGAUGUGCCAUUCGGCCGUAACUACGUCCCAACUUGGGCUUUUGACCACCAGAAGCAACUCAAUGGCGGUUCCGAACUCCAACUCAUCCUCGACAAAUACACUGGGACAGGAUUUCAAUCCAAAGGAUCAUAUUUGUUCGGACAUUUCAGUAUGCACAUAAAGCUGCCGGCUGGAGAUACUGCCGGAGUGGUCACCGCUUUCUAUCUGUCGUCUACUAACAACGAGCAUGACGAGAUAGACUUCGAGUUUCUUGGGAACAGAACGGGACAACCAGCGAUAUUGCAGACGAAUGUGUUCACAGGAGGAAAAGGAAACAGAGAACAACGCAUCUAUCUCUGGUUCGACCCUUCAAAGGCUUACCACACUUACUCCAUCCUCUGGAAUCUCUACCAAAUUGUAUUCUUUGUUGACAACAUACCAAUCCGUGUGUUCAAAAACUCUAAGGAUCUUGGAGUGCGUUUCCCAUUCAACCAACCGAUGAAGCUGUACUCGAGCCUUUGGAACGCUGAUGAUUGGGCCACGCGGGGCGGUUUAGAGAAAACCAAUUGGGCCAAUGCACCUUUUAUAGCAUCCUACAGAGGAUUCCACAUUGACGGUUGCCAAGCUUCUGUAGAGUCCAAGUAUUGUGCGACCCAAGGCCGCAUGUGGUGGGACCAGAAAGAAUUCCGCGACCUUGAUGCCUACCAAUACCGUCGUCUCAAAUGGGUGCGCAUGAAGUGGACCAUCUACAACUAUUGUACCGACCGGACUAGGUUUUCCGUCAUGCCAGCGGAAUGUAAAAGGGACAGAGACGCGUGAGUACUUUAAAUGGUUUUAAUGCGUCGGACUAUUAUUAAUUUAUUAUUAUUAUGAAUUAUGCUUUUGUUCAAGAGAUUGAUAAAUGUAUGUUUGUUGGUCCGUUAUGUUUUAUGCUUUAUUUGGCCCUAAAUUUACUUGUUAUUAUUCUAUUGUUUAUGUUUCUUAUGAAUUACAUGAUUUUAUAUGAUGUUUAAA